AUUCAUUUUUGUGGUGUAUGUCAGUUCAUAAAGACAUUAAUAAAUCAAAAAUCAUUGCUAAAGAGAUCGCUCGCAUGUCGGUAACUAUGCUAAUGAGCUGCACGAUUGGCAGCUGAACAAAUAGUGCCCAAGAUUUUGCUUGAUGAUGAGAUAUAGCAUUAAUGAGUGCUAAUUUUGCUAGCAAGAUGUGGCCACCAGGUUGCCUGCAAGAGAAGCAGUCUGUCCGUAGAAGGCGCAUGUCAGGCAUUCAAGAAAAUUCAGGUGGAGCCGUGGAGGUGGCUGGCAAUGCAAAAAAUUGGUUGAGGUUGUGGUCCUAAAGGUUGAUUCAGGUACCAGAAAAGACUGGAAGGUGGUGCAGGGAAGCAUACAGCCUAAUGUGAGUUAAGGCUGACAGUUUGGUGAAGCUCAAAGGGGACCAUCUGGGGGGGUUUAUUCCAAGGGAGGGCCAAGUGGUUUGGCACUCACCUCACAAACUAGGGGUCCUCCAAAUAAUGUUUUUGGUGAUAAUAAAAGAAUAUCUUGAAUUCAAAAGGAUAUGAUUGCAAGUUGCACCUACUGUCCAUGCAAGAAUUCAAAUCCUGACAAUAAUUUAAAGACUUUUAUAAAGACAAGACAUGACAAAGUACUAUCAGCAGCUCUAGUCACUAAUAGUGAACAGGGAAAGAAGAAGCACAGUGAGAGAGAUAAAGAGAUGCAGAAACAGUUUUUCUAGUGGAAGACACUACUAAUCAAAGACGAUCAUAAUGAUGAUGCCUGGAACGUCAAGGCUAAGUUUGCAUAGCCUAGCAACAAUUAUAGUCGCCGUCUUUGUUGUCGUUGCUGUUUAUAUGAUUGGCGAAAGUAAACGACCCUUCUUUGAAGGUGUCAGUACAAUGAGAAGAACCACGACGAAGAGUUACGAUGAGACGACAUUGCCGUUAAGUUGUGAUCUUUUUUCAGGUAAAUGGGUUUACGAUAAUUCGACAAAUCCUUUGUAUUCUUGGAAGGAGUGCUCAUUCUUGCUUGAUGCGUUUGCCUGUGAGAAGUUCGGAAGAAAGGAUUUAAGCUAUCAGAAAUGGAGAUGGCAACCCAACCACUGUGACUUACCAAGGUUCAAUGCCACAGCAUUCCUAGAGAAAUUGAGAGGGAAAAGGAUGGUCUAUGUUGGAGAUUCAAUCAACACAAAUCAGUUCUUUUCCAUUGUUUGUAUGGUGGAAUCCGUAAUUCCAUCAACACUCAAAUCUAUACACAACAAUGGAUCUCUUGUCACCUUUAAAGCCAUUGAAUUCAAUGCAACCAUUGAGUUUUACUGGGCACCACUGAUGCUGGAAUCAAAUUCGGAUAAUCCGGUGUUCCAUCGAGUUCCACAUCGAAUAGUUAGAGCUGGAGCUAUUGAAAAACACGCGAUUCAUUGGUCCGAUGCUGAUAUACUUGUCUUUGAUUCUUACCUUUGGUGGAGAGUGCCAGAACUGCAAGUCUUAUAUGGAUCCUUCGAAAAACCUAAUGAAGGAAUUUACAAAGAUUUAGGAAUGGUGGGUAACUUCGAAAUGGCUAUGAAAACAUGGUCCGAUUGGAUUGAAAAUCAUAUCAACCAUACAAGGACACAAUUGUUUUUCAACAGCAUGGCACCAACACAUUACUGGGCAGGCGAAUGGGGAACGAAUAGAGAGGGAAAUUGUUAUAACGAAACAGAACCGAUAUUUCAAGAACAUUACUGGGGUCUAGGAACAAAUCCAGACAUAUUGAAGGCUAUGGAGAGUACAAUGAAGGAAUUGAAAGUUAGAGGUGUUGAUGUGAAAAUACUGAAUAUUACGCAACUCUCGGAGUACAGAAAAGAAGCACAUACUUCUAUUUAUAAAAGAAUAUGGGAUACUUUAGCUCCGGAACAAAUAGCAAACCCUGCUACUUAUGCUGAUUGCAUGCAUUGGUGCCUCCCUGGAGUCCCUGAUACUUGGAAUCAGCUCCUUUAUGCUUACAUACUGCCCUGAUGAAUAUGUAAACAUAAACGGUGUCUAUCUUUGCGAAGGGUUCGAUUAUUACUGGGGAAAUGGAGCUCGCCAGAACUUUCGGAAGAUUGAAGGGUGUCCAUCUUUGCAAUAAUCAGAGAGCUGGGUGAUGUUGAGAACAGAAACUUUUGAGGCUCUCAACCUGGAUAGAAUUGUGUCCACCAUUUGCAUUGUGGGUAAAUCUGAACCGCUUCCCCAGUAAGCUUCCACGUUUUUGGGUGUCCUCUGCUGGUAACAAUUGCCUUCCGUCACUGGUUCCCACUCUCGGCCCAUGUAUUACAUGCUCAGGUAAGCUGCGCAUAUCUAUUAGCCAAAAAAAGAAAUCGUAUAUGUAGAAAUGAAAAACUAGAAGAUGAAAAUAUACCAAGUUAUCCAGCAAUUGUUUUAGACACGCUCGAAAUUUGUGCUUCCAUCUGUUUCAACCAAAUUAGUUCUUCCAAGAACCCCCAUCGUUGUACAAUAUGGGUUUCAGAAAAAACUUGAUUUUUUCAUCGAUGAUUAGCUUCAACCUCUACAAUAGCAAUGUAGUUGAAGCCGGUUUAUUUGAAAAUAUUGUGUAGCAAUGCCGGACAACUGAUAUCAACUUCCAACCAAGAGUCUUCACUCCUGCUUUAAAAUGUAAUGUAGUGUCCCAUACUCCCAUUUCAUUUCAGAUCCUUACACUUAGCAGCUGUACUGUAUAUUCGGAUUACCACCAAAAUCCGUUAAGAUAUCAUAGAAGUUGCAAAUACUACUUGGCUUUUCUUUCAUUAUUUACUUUUCUUUUUUGAAAAAAGAAAAGCAGACUUGGCUCUCUACUUUUGAUGCUUUUUGUGGUACCUGCUUGCUGAUUUGUGAGACCCAACUAGAUGUUAUUGUCGUGGUCUUAUGUAAUUUAAUGAGUCGCGCUAUUAUGCGUGCACAAGUACAUAACGAUACAAUGAACAUGCACUUCUGAACCGUAAAAUCUGCACACAUUUAUGUGCAUCUCUGUAAUAGUAAACUGACGGCGUAAAAAUGUUAGCUUACUGUGAA